CAACCUUGCAGAGGCAGGCCCACGAGUAAAAAGCAACACUUCUUAGGGACCGUACGUUUGUUGCUGUGGGCUGUUUCUUACAAUCACAGCUUCGUCUCCUAUCAUGAUUCUGAACGUGAUCGAGGGUUUCAUCCGGUUUUGAUGGUUCUUUUGUUGUGAAUUCUGAUGAGUGUCCGGCAAAUAACUGUCAAAAUCCUCCAUAGAACAGCCGCCACUCAACAUUCAAGAACGCUCAAAAACUUCCACUCCUUACAACAUGAACACCAAGUGUUUGAUAAAAUACCUCGACCUAAGGCUGUUUCCAUACACCACUCUAUGCUCACAUGUCUGCGCAAAAAUAGGAUCUUUGAAGCGCUAGGCAUCUUCAAGGAACAGUUUCAACUAGGUUCCAAUGGCAACAUUGAUGAAGCCACUUUUGCCAUUGCUCUCAAGGCUUGCCACGGGAACUCGGAACUCGGACGCCAAAUCCACGGCUUUGCUAUACCUUCUGGGUGGGUUUCCCAUGUCAGUGUCUCCAAUUCUUUGAUGAGCAUGUAUUGUAAGUCCGGGCUGUUCGAUGAAGCUUUGCGUAUCUUUGAGAAAUUGAAGAACCCUGACAUUGUUUCUUGGAACACGGUGCUUUCGGGAUUUGAGAAUGGCGAAGAUGCCUUCAGCUUUUCUAUUCAGAUGAACGUUUCUGGAAUCAUUUUUGAUGCUGUGACUUAUUGUACUAUUCUUGCGCAUUGUGCUGAUCACGAAGAGUUUCGUUUUGGAAUUCAGUUACACUCUCUUGUAAUAAAGUGCGGAUUUGAUUGUGACGUUUACGUUGGGAAUGCUCUGAUAACAAUGUAUUCAAAAUGGGGCCACGUAUUGGAAGCUGAAAGAGUGUUUGAUGAAAUGCCCAAAAAAGAUCUAGUCUCAUGGAAUGCAAUGCUUUCAGGAUACUCUCAAGAGGGAAAUUAUGGACCAGAAGCAAUUUGGCUUUUUAUGGAAAUGGUGAGGGAUGGAAUGAAACUGGAUCAUGUCUCUUUUACUAGUGCAGUUUCAGCUUGUGGAUUUGAGAGGAACUUGGAGCUUGGCAGACAGAUACACAGUUUGACCAUUAAAGAGGGAUAUUCAACACAUGCAUCAGUCUGUAAUGUUUUUAUGUCGAUGUAUUCCAAGUGUGAGGUUGUCAAAGAUGCAGCACUGGUUUUUGAGAGCAUGAUUCAUCGCAAUGUGGUCUCUUGGACUACAAUGCUCUCUUUAAAUGAAGAAGAUGCCAUGUUGCUCUUUAACGAGAUGAGGCUGGAUGGAGUUUAUCCAAACGAUGUAACAUUUGUGGGAUUGAUACAUGCCAUAACAACUAAGAAUUUAGUGGAACAAGGUCUAAUGGUUCAUGGGUUUUGUUCAAAAACUAGCUUUCUUUCAGAACUGAAUGUUGUUAAUAGCUUUAUUACCAUGUAUGCCAAAUUUGAGUUUAUGGACGACUCAAAGAAGAUCUUUAUGGAGCUUGAGCAUAGAGAUAUUGUAUCGUGGAAUGCUUUAAUUUCAGGGUAUUCCCAAAAUGGACGGGGCCAGGAAGCACUACAAGCAUUCUUGUUGGCAAUACGGGAGACGAAGCCAAAUCAUUUCACCUUUGGCAGUGUCUUAAGUGCAAUUGGAGCAACUGAGGGCAUAUCUUUAAAACAUGGCCAACAAUGCCACUGCUGUUUGAUGAAGCUUGGAUUGAACACUGAUCCAAUUGUUUCAGGUGCUCUCCUUGACAUGUAUGCAAAGCGUGGGAGCAUCUCUGAAUCUCGUAGAGUUUUUAAUGAGACGUCGGGAGGAAGCCAAGUUGCUUGGACAGCCAUAAUCAGUGCUUAUUCAAGACAUGGAAACUAUGAAUCAGUGAUGAGUCUGUUUAUGGAGAUGGAGAGGAGAGGUAUAACACCUGACUCAAUCACCUUCCUUUCUGUUCUAACUGCUUGUGGUCGAAAGGGAAUGGUUGAUAUGGGCCGGCAAAUAUUUGACUCAAUGGUUAAAGACCAUCUUAUUGAACCAUCCCCAGAGCAUUUUUCUUGCAUGGUAGACAUGUUGGGCCGUGUAGGGAGGCUGAAGGAGGCAGAAGAGUUUGUCCGUCAGAUUCAAGGAGGGCCCGGAUUGUCUGUUUUGCAGAGCUUGCUUGGUGCUUGUAGGAUACACGGAAAUGUGGAGAUGGGUAGCAGGGUAGCUCAAGCUUUGAUGGAGAUGGAGCCACAGGAAUCUGGUUCCUAUGUCCUAAUCUCAAACUUGUAUGCUGAGAAAGGUGAUUGGGAAAAGGUUGCAGAAAUAAGGAGAGGGAUGAGAAAUAAAGGGGUGAGGAAGGAAGUAGGAUUUAGUUGGGUGGAUGCUGGUGAUUCUUUGUGUCUGCAUGGGUUCUCAUCAGAGGAUAAGUCCCAUCCACAGUCUGAGGAGAUAUAUAGAAUGGCAGGGUACGUAGGAUCAGAAAUGAAGUUUUUGGUGAGAGAGAAACAGAAAGUAAGAGAAGAGAGUUUCUAGUAUUUAAAACUUCAGGAUUUAAAAAGAUGUAGCCUUCAGUAAAAAAGUGGUGACGAACGAGGAUUUUUGAGAAAGACGUCUGUUUGAUAGGAUAUUUAGAAUUUUGAUUUGUCAGUUUAUUUAGAAUUUUGAGUUAUAUUUUAGAUUGUUAUCAUUAUCUUUUAGUAGGUUUUAUCUUUUUGUCCUUUGUUUAGUAUAGGUGAUAUAAGGUUUCAUAUUUGUGUUACAGUUAGGAUGGAAUUCGCCUAUUUAGGCAAUAUGAUGUAUUCAAAAAAUUCACCACUUUUGAUUAUUGAAUACAGAAUUAUUGAUCUCUC